GCCGAGGGGCCGAAAGCAGUUGGAAGCGGCGGCCACGCGGCCCCGCGACGGCUCCGAGCGGCCCCACAGAAGACCUCCGAGAAUACAAACUCGGGACUCCGUAGCCAUUUCGGCUCAAGUCGGCCACGCACGCGCCGGACGCCCCGCCCGCGCCCGCCGCCCCCCCGCUGCGACCUCCUCGGGUGGCGCGCGCCUCGGAGGUCGCUGGCUCGAUGCCCUGCGAUGGCAACCAGACCCCGCUCACGGAGGAGCCACCCACGGACGUGGACAGCGGUGCAGAGAUCAACACCGGCUUCAAGGCCUCAGGCCGAGAGGGCCUCCGUGCACGCCUUGGUGGUCGAGUUCUUGGUGUCUUGGCCACGGCAGCGUGCGGGGUCGUGGCAGUGUCGGCACUGUGCCCCGCCACGGCGUCGUCCCGCCCAGCGCACCGGCUGGCGGGCGGCGCGGGCCUCGGGGCCGUGCGCGGGGCGGAGCUGCGCGAGCUGUCGCGGGAGCUGGAGGCGAAGUUCGGCCUCGCCGCGGAGGUGGAGGAGGCCGCGCACGAGGGCGUGCCCACCACCGACUCGAGCACGCUGGACUUCCUGUUCCUGAAGGCCGAUGCGGACGGCAGCGGCUUCGUGGAGCCCGGCGAGUUGGCCGAGAUCUACCCAGGCUUGCGGGUGAUGUUCGGGCCGCGGUCCGAGCUAGACGCGUUGCUGAAGGAGUCCGCCGACGACGACAGGCUGGACGCCGAGGCCUUCAAGAGCCUGCUGCAGGCGCUCGCGGCGGAGCACGACCGCAGCGACGAGAGGAGCCUCGAGAAGUUCCGCAGGGCCGACCUGGACAGCAGCGGCCUCCUCGAGGGCAAGAAGGAGAUCCUCCCACUGUUCAAGUACACCGUGAAGAAGCUGCCCAUUGACACGGCAGCCUCGCAGCAGCUUCUGGCCGACUCCGACCUGAACGCCGACGGGAAGAUGAGCUUCGAGGAGUACAAGGGCCUCCUGCGCACCGUCAGCGAGCGCUACGGGCGCAGGGUGCCGCUGCUGAAGACGAUCCUCUUCUUCUUCCAGGUCGCCGACGCAGACAAGAGCGGCUUCAUCGAGGGAGGGGAGAAGGAGAUUGUGGAGAAGGCGCUGAAGAAGAAGUUCGGCCUCUCCGACGAUGCCUACAGGAAGCUCGCGGCCUCGGACUCGGACGGCAGAAUGGACCUGACGGACCUCACCCAGGUCUGCGUGUCCCUGGCAAGGUGAGCGGGCGCGCGGAGUCUGAACGCGGGUGGCCGGGAGCGGAGCUGGGCAGAGCGCUCGGGUCGGAGUCCGGCCCGCGGGGCGCGGAGUGCCUGCAUUCCUGGCGGCUGUGCUCUCGGGCGUGUGGGCUGCAGAUCUUCUGUAGGGGGUCGGCCAACGAUGUGUCGACCGUGGCCCAGAGUACCGCGCUCCAGCAGGCAGCAACACGAGGGAUCUAGCUUCAUCUGCUCCUGCGAGCAGCCCCAGCAUCUCUUUCCUCUUUGCUCGUGUGCCUUCUUCGGGAAGCGCGGCGCGGGGCCCUGGCGCCGAACCCCAUUCCGCCCGGAGCCGCCCGGGCGUCUGUGCUGGCGCAUGCCGCCCCGGGAGGCUGCAUGGCCUCCUGUCAGGCCGUGCAGCCUGUUUGGGCCGCCUCCUCCUCCUCCUCCUCCUCCUCCUCCUCGGAUGGCGCAGGUACCUGAGAAGAAUCGCAGCCACGGCCGUCAGGCGGCUCGCAAGAAGGGCGCCCUAGGAAGUAUCGCGACGGCGCAGCGCGGGGCGCCGGUGUUCAGGCCUCGCGCGCGCCCUCUCGAUCGUUAAGUUGCGCUGCUGUUCGGCGCGUAGGGGGUCGGCCGUGCUCCGGCCGCUGUAGGUCAAUUGGGGGAAGGGGAUUCGGAGA